AGCGCGAACUUACUGACCGGAAGGUCCGUGGUUCGAACCCGACCUCUGCUACUCGACUUCCGCUGUCUAGGCUUGGGUGACCUGGCAGUAUCCCAGUCCUUGUGCCUUCUUCGUGUGGCAUUGCAGCUAGACACCGAAAGGGUGCUACAGCUGGAAGAUUUUUCUAUUACACCCUUUGUUAGGCCAAAAGGUGGUCAUCUCUCUUCUUCUAUGCAGACUAAACCGAAGAAUAAAAAUUGUUCAGCUGCAACACUCUUUCGGUGCCUAUCUGCCAUGCCACCCGAAGGAAACACGACGACUGAGACACCGCCAGGUUGCUCAGGCCUGGACAGGAGCAGUUAUACUGCAGAGGUUGGGCUCGAACCACAUCCCUUCCGAUCAGUAAAGUUGCGCCUUAGCCAUUGGGCUAUCCAGAUCUCAGCCAUACACUAA